AAAACUGGUUUUGAGAUAUAGGUCGGCGACAGUUAAAAAAGCGCUAAUAAUGUCUUUCUUCUGAGUGCUAAACUAUAAUUUCUUUCUCGUCUGGGCGGUGUGAAGAACCUGCCAAAAGAAUUCCAAUGUUAAAGGCAGUUUGUGAUUAAUAAUAUUAAUGACAACUAAUCCGAACUUUGUGUGUAUAUGAUGUGAUUGUGUGUAACUGUUGUGUGUUAGGUUACUUGUAGUAGUCUAUUUAUUCUUGAAUGAGUGCUGCCAUUGUGACUUCGUGAAUCUUGGGAUUUUAAUCGAAAUAUAGCGUGUAUCUUGUUUGGUUGAUGCAAACGAGUUUGACUUGGUUUAUGUAUGGUAUAAUGUCGGACUGAUUUGUGCGGUACGGAUCACAACUCCCAAAUUUGACUUGCUAAUGUCGGAAGCAAGUUGAGCUUUUUUGUCUGAAUCUCCGAUGUUACGCCUAUUUUACUUAUAUCUGAACCCCCAAACUUAGAUUGCUGCCGACCCAUUGGUAACAGCUACUGUUGACAUUUAAUGGUUAUUGUACGUUUAUGGUCCUUAGAACCCACUAAGGCACGUUUUGCAUUAAAUGAUAGUGGGGUAUUUUUUUGAGAUAAUCAUGACCGCUAGGAUUUUGGCUAUCUAAACAGUUUUCUUGAUCUGAUGGCCAAGAUUUGGUCGGGUUGUUUUACUUCCUUGCUAGUGUUUUACAUUGGCACUCUUCAGUUUACUUUUGCUGGGACAAUAUACUAAGUCUAGGAGGAUGACAACAAAAGGUUAGUUUUUUUUAUUUCUUUUCUGCGUUUUUCCUGAAUUUUUCACCAUGAAGAAACCAGAGGAUAAAGUAAUGAAGGUAAAAGACGACUUAUACGAAUGGGUGCAUGCGGAUGUUAAGUGUCGUACUUCCCUUCUCCAAAGUGAAAAGAGUUUGUGUAUUUUUAAUACUGUGAACUGGGUUCGGGGUGGGUUUGGUAUAGGCAUCGAGCUGUUUUCCUGCAAUGCAUAGGACAGGGUUUGUGAAAAGAGGGGGGAUUGGACUUAUUUUUAUGUUUAUACCGGUUUGUUUACUGAACUGGGUGUGAAACUUCCCUUUUCUUAAUUUGAGUGUUCAGUGUUAACAUAGCUUAACUGUGCUCCAUCACAGUUGCACCCAAAUUCUUGGGCGUUUCUGUGUGCUUUUGAGUGUAUAAUGCAUUUCCUGGAAAUUGCUCUUACACUGGAUAUUUUCUUCUCACUUUUCCAAGCGAAAGGGGUCCGUAAAGGCCUAUGGAUAAACUUAAGUAGUUUUCCUGGUCGCUCCAUCUUUAUGUUAUAUAAAUCAUCAUUUAAGAGUUUCAAAGAGAUAUUUGCGAAGGUUCGUUCUCGUGAGACGGAAUAUCCGUUCUUCUUAGAUUCAGAAUUAGGAGAAUACUUUCCCUUUUACUGGUGUCCUGAACCUAUGCAGAUUCUGGAAGCAGUGAGUAGGUCUGAUGAAGAGGACCUGUUUUUGGAUUAUGUUGACUGUUUCUCUUGUGGGAAACUUUUGCGUAUUGACAACGUUUUGAAAUUUGAAAAUGAUCCUGAAGGUUUGAAAGGAUAUAUUGGUAAGGGAUUUGAUAGUUUUGUUUUGGUUUGUUACAUUGUUGCCUAUGUUGAUGUACUCUGUUUAUCGUGGGAGGAAGAGUUCCGAGUUUAUCCUCGGCGAAAAUGAGGUCAUUUUUGGAGAAGAAGAAGGAGGGGAAGGAGGUCUCAGUGAAUAAGGUUGUUAAGGAGUCCAAUGUUGAUGCCGCUCAGUUUACUACUCACCCUCGAGGUGAAAAAAGAAAAAGCCAUGAACCUGAAGGGUCGGUUGAGGUUCUGUUUGGUGUUAACUUGGUUUUUAGUUCUAGGGUUAGAAGUGGUGUGAAGAAACAGAUGUGUUUGCAUGGAUUUGUCUCUGGUAGUAGUGCUGAAUCUGUUUGGAGUGAUCAGUUUCCCUUUGCCGCCUUGGCAUAUAGGGUUACGCAAAACACCCAAGAUGUCCAACUACUGAGGACUAUUGGUAAAGAGAUCAUUGGGCAAUAUAUGCAAGUUAUGGCUACUAGGUUACUCUGUGUUGGUCGCUGCACUGAGAUGCUGGGGGUUUGAGGAAAAGAAGGAAGCAGAUAAGGUUAACAAGCUUGAGAAGUCAAAUGCUGAGAGGGAUGAGGUCAUCAUCAAUCUAACUAAGAGGAUGAAGGACAUGGAGAAUGAAGUUAGUACUCUGCAAGAACAGAUCCGAUCUCUUCAAGAGUAGCUAAAGGAAGUCGACGUUGAGAAAGGCAAGUCGGCGUCUCGGAUCCGAGAACUCGAAAAGGAAGGUUUGGAAUUAUUUGCUGCAGGGUUUAACCAUGCUAUAGGUUAAGUUGGUGUGUUUGCUCCUGAUCUAGAUGUCAGUCGCUUUGAUGUCACAAAGAUUAUGGUAAAUGGACAAUUGGUUGAUGAUGAACCUGAGCGUGAGGCCUAGGAUGAGACUGUAGAUGCAGUUGAUAAAUGACUUUUGAUUUUAGUUUAUAUUUUGUAUGGGUUUGACAGUUAGACUUUAGUUUUGUUUAUGCGAACAUUUUCUGUAAAGAACGACUUAUGACCUCGUAUGUCAUUGCAACAUGUUUUGUUGCUUAUUUUGAUUGCACUUUUGCUGUUUUCUAAAAAUAUAUGAAUUGAUAGAUUGAUUGUUGUUUGAUGGUC